GGGAGCCGGAGCAGGCGGGUGGCGCCCGGAGCGCCGAGAGUGGGUGUCAGUACGGCGGGCUAGCGGGACGAGCGAGGGCGGACAGCGGCCGUGAUGGCGUCUAAAUGUCCCAAGUGCGACAAGACCGUCUACUUUGCUGAGAAGGUGACCUCGCUGGGCAGGGACUGGCACAAGUUCUGCCUGAAGUGUGAGCGCUGCAACAAGAUCCUGUCACCAGGCAGUCACGCUUCGCAUGAUGACAAGCCUUACUGCCACAAGCCGUGCUACGCCACCUUGUUUGGACCGAAGGGUGUCAACAUUGGCGGUUUUGGUUCCUACAUCUAUGACCAGCCCCCUCCGUCAUCAGGCACGCAGCCAGCCCCGGCCCCCGAGGGUUCAGCGCCCACAGCAGCCGUAAAGAAGACUGCAGCUCCCGUCCGGGGCCCCAGCAAAGCCUCGAGCAUGACCACGUUUGCCGGGGAGCCCAACAUCUGUCCGAGGUGUGAGAAGAAGGUCUACUUUGCCGAGAAGGUGACAUCGCUUGGAAAGGACUGGCACCGCCCCUGUCUGCGGUGUGAGCGCUGCAACAAGACUCUGAACCCAGGCGGCCACGCAGAGCAUGAUGGACAGCCCUACUGCCACAAGCCCUGCUACGGAAUCCUGUUUGGACCGAAAGGGGUUAACACUGGAGGUGUUGGCAGCUACAUCUAUGAGAAGAUGGACACCCCCGGGGAGCAGUGACAGGCGAUUCCAACCCCAGCUGAAUCCAUUGGAUACCGCCGACUUCCCAAUUCUAACGCAAGCUACACAGACACUCUACUCACAACACACCGCCACAGUAGCUUAGAAACCCUGAACUAGUACCCCAGGUAUUAACUGUAGUAUGCUGUUGACUGAAAUAGUAUUUAAUUUAUGUGGGCUGUAGCAUGGUAUGGUCGUGGCCUUCUGUCACUGACCCUCAAUCUUUCACGAUGUCGGAGCAGGUGAGGUGAAAGCUGUCAAAGGGCCAUCCCAAAGUUCUCGAGGCCAAGAUUGAACAGUUGGCCUGAGGCAGCAGCUUGUGAAAACCAUGGAUUUGCGGGAAGGACCACUAGCACCACAGUAGCCUUUAUUGAUCUGUGUGUACUGCCCCUCCCAGGCUCUGAAACUCUCCUCUGCUCCUCAUGAGGAGUAGUGUAAACUGACACACCACUUUCCCUCCUGAAACUUCAGGCCUCUACUUACAGUAUUAUAUUCAGCUUAAAGAAUGCAUUUUUUAAUGUACCAGCAAUGAGAAGCAUCCUGUUCAUGAGCGUUAGAGUUAAUUGAAGUUAUCUUUUACUGAGAAUAAACAAUGCCAAAUUUUUCUG